GGUGUCUUGCUGAGUAACGAAAGACCAUUCAACAAACACGAGGAACGCAAAAAAGUGUUGAGUUUGUAAUGGCCGCCACUCUGCCCUCUGACUUCGACGACCUCCGCUCGCCGUUUCUGCCAGCGGAAGACAAGAAGCCGGCGGCGGAGAAGCUCUGCAUCGAUGACAUGCUGCAGAAGUACUGCGGCGAGUUCGGGCGGUGGCAGCUCAAACACUUCAUCCUCACCAGCCUCGCCUGGGCGCUCGAGGCCUUCCACACCAUGGUCAUGAUCUUUGCCGACCGCGAACCAGACUGGAAGUGCGUCCCCGGCGCCAACUGCAACAGCGGGGGGGCUGGCGGUGCCUGCGGUCUCUCGCCAGGUGCGUGGGAGUGGGUCGGCGGCCGCCACGGCUCUACCGUCUCGGAAUGGAGUCUGAUUUGCGGUAAUAAGUUCAAAGUGGGAUUAGUUCAGGCCCUGUUCUUCGCCGGAUGCAUGAUUGGUGCUGGAAUAUUUGGCCACCUCUCAGACUCAUCCCUGGGGAGAAAAGGCUCUCUCACAGUGGUUUGCGCCCUUAACACUCUCUUUGGCUGCUUAACAGCACUGUCCCCCAACUACUGGAUCUACGCACUCCUCCGCCUCCUCACCGGCUUCAGCAGCGGCGGCGUUGGCCUCACUGCCUUCGUCCUCGCCACCGAACCUAUCGGCCCGACGAAGCGCGGCACGGCGGGCAUGUCCACCUUCUACUUCUUCUCCGGCGGCAUUGCAGUUCUCUCUGGAAUCGCUUACAUCUUCCAAUCAUGGCGCUAUCUCUAUAUAGCUUCCUCUAUCCCCUCCUUCCUCUACAUCAUCCUUGUCCUACCCUUUAUCUCUGAGUCCCCAAGAUGGUACCUUGUUCGCGGGAAAGUAACCGAAGCCAUGAAGCUCAUGUCCACCAUUGCUUCUUCCAACGGGAAAAACCUUCCCGAUGGUGUUUUCCUCUCUCUCGACGAUGAAGCAUCGUCCACAAAAACCCAAAAUUCAGGUAAUGACAUAACCUUGAUGGCUUACAAAAACGAAAACUUGGAAAACAAAGACGCGCUGGUGGGAUCCAUCGUAGACGUGAUUCGUUCUCCCAUCACUCGUGUGAGGUUGUUCUUAGCGGUGGCUCUUAACUUCUUAGGCUCCGUUGUCUACUACGGGCUUAGUUUAAAUGUUAUGAACCUCGAAACCAACCUUUACCUGAACGUGAUUUUGAACUCCGUAGCUGAGAUGCCGGCGUUUACAAUAACGGCGGUGCUUUUGGACAGGUUUGGGCGAAAGCCAUUGACGGUGGCGACAAUGUGGUUCAGCGGGUUGUUUUGUUUGAUAGGGAGUUUGAUUGGCAACGUCGGAGCGUGGAAGGUGGUGAGAAUGGUGUGUGGUGUUUUGGGGAUAUUUGGGAUGGCCGGGACUUAUAAUUUGUUGUUUAUUUACACGGCGGAGCUGUUUCCGACGGUGGUGAGGAACGCCGCACUUGGAUGCACCACGCAGGCAGCGCAAAUGGGAGCGAUACUGGCGCCGUUUGUGGUGGUUUUGGGUGGGUGUCUGCCGUUUGCGGCGUUUGCAGCAUGUGGAAUAGUGGGAGGAAUGUUUGCGUUUUAUCUUCCAGAGACGAUGAAUCAACCUCUCUAUGAUACAUUCACCGGAAUGGAAGCCGGACUUGCUUGAUGUAAAUUAUUGCUGAUCUCAUUAUACAUGUUUAGGUCUUAUCAUUUGCUCUUUGUUGCUGCAUGGAUCCUUUAAUUUCUAUUUUGAUUUUGUAGAGUGAAAAAGUAACGCGUAUUUAUAUGGAUUUGAGGAUUGAAGAACACCAA